GAUUUUUACUCCACUGCCUCUUGUAGAAAAGAUGGAUAUCUUUUUGUCAAAGCUAUUGACUUUGGAAAAAGAGUUGUUACAUUUCUCUUUGACUGUGAAGAGAAAAAAGAUGAAGAUUUUUUUGUCAAAGCUAUUGACUUUGGAAAAAGAGUUGUUAUGUUUUUCUUUGACUACGAAGAGAAAAAAGAUGAAAAUCUUUUUGUCAAAGCUAUUGACUUUGGAAAAAGAGUUGUUACCAACCCGGAGUUUACGGUUUUAAUGACAGAAAACCUUUCCAAUAUAAGUAUUGAAGAACUGGAAGCAUGGCUUAAAUCAGUAUCCCAAUAUCUAUUCGUCCAUAUCAAAAAACAAAUUAUAACCACAA